GCGCAAAAGAGACCCACGAGAAUAGUGAGCGUGCCAUUCGCUGGACGCCCGGCACUGACAGACCAAAAUCACUAGCGCUCAGGUGGGGACUGAUUUAACAAUCAGACGGACAAGACACCAUCGCUUCUAAAAAGUCAUUCACCUAACGGUCAUCGUCGCAUUGACACCUUCCGUUUCUUCUGCUUCCUUCCCGUGAUACCACAACUCGAGGUUCAUCAGUUCUUCAAGGGCAGUCAUUGGAGGUGGUCCAUUAUUUUGGGACUUGUUUCAUCAAUUUUUGUGAACUUUCUGGGUGAUUUCAUCGUGAUUGAUAGCGCUUUGAACAUUUACUUUGAUUAGAGACUAGUGUUUCAAGGAUUUUUUUUUGUGAAAACUGUGAAUGACUCGUGUGGAUUGUUAGUUGAUUGUAAUUUUGUUGACAAUUGGUGUUGAGAAAAGGUGCAAGUACAAGAGUGACAAUGGAAUACUUCUUGUGACAACUUGAAGAAGAGAGACUCGGAUUUCUUCUUUUCUUGGCAGCUUAUUUUAAACUUUGAAGAUGAAUCAGCAGUGCAAGGUGUGUGGGGAACCUGCGGCUGGUUUCCACUUUGGUGCGUUCACCUGCGAGGGCUGUAAGUCCUUCUUUGGUCGGUCUUACAAUAACCUCACCAGCAUAUCAGAAUGCAAGAACGGAGGAGAAUGUGUAAUAAACAAAAAGAACCGAACAGCCUGCAAAGCAUGUCGACUCCGGAAAUGUUUGUUAGUCGGCAUGUCCAAAUCCGGCUCUAGGUAUGGUCGAAGAUCCAACUGGUUUAAAAUCCACUGCCUUCUUCAGGAACAACAACAGCAGCAACAGCAGCAGCAACAACACCAUACUCUCCAAAAUCAGCAAAGACAGCACCCAACAAGUCCACCAAUUCAUUCCACGCCACGAAAGGAUGAUGUCCUCAUGCUAGGUCUCGAUGACUACAAAAAUUCAACCUCACCAAGCAUCAGUUCACCAGAAUCUCAAAACAGCGACUCUUCCAUUGAAAUUUCCGAAAGGAGAGCCGCAUUCGGACACCAUCCAGGCUUCCGACCUCUUCAUUCCCACCUCCACCAUCCCUCAGAUUUAUCAACCUUAGGUAAAGAAAUCAUGGGACUACCUUUGGGUUUCCAUUUAGGAGGAAUGCCUCUCCUACCACCUUCUUUCUUACCACCACCAAGCCUGACCAUGUUCUCUCCUUACCAUCUCUAUGCUUCAUCCCACGGAACCCCUCAUCUGAUGAACCAUUCGACUCUUCAGCAAUCACCUAUUCGCAGAAGCAACACGCCAACCAUGACCACCGAUAAUGAAAAUUGUACCAACAACAAUGAUAGACUAGAGCAGAAUCAUAAUACGAGGUCGAACACACCCCUCUCUCCAGAGAGUGAUCACAUCGAGUAUUCCAAACGAUUCUAUCUCGAUGCAGUCUUGAAGAGUCAGAGGUCAACUCCCCUAUCGCACAAGACCCAGUCUGAACCUUAUUCCCCGCCUGCAAGUCCAGAUCACGUUUCACCUCAAGAGAACCCUAUUGAUCUUUCCAUGAAGACUGCAACUUCAUCAAGAAGUAGAAAGCUUGAUGAACUCUAUAUUGAUAUGGACGAUGAAAACAGUGACAGGGACAGUCCACUACUGAAGAGAAGACAUGUGGCUAUUGAUCUGACAACAAGGACAUAAGGAAUCAAGCAUUGGCUCUUUGGAAAGGAGCUAUUGGAAUCAAACCCCAUGAGAAGCAGUAAUUAGGAAUCUGUGAUUGAAGCUUAUGACUUCCAGACUUUGCAAUAAUUAGAACUUGAAAUAUUCUCGGAGUCAUUAGAACAAGAAUAUGGAGAGAUCCCUUUUUGAGGCCUUGAGCAAAUCUUCCAAUUACGUCGAUACAGGCUGAGGGUCGUAAAGCAGGACCACUUAGCGGGUUUUAAUUAAUGAGCACGCUUGUGUAUGUUCAUGCCGUCAGAGUAUCUGGAACCAUGUUCGCUGAUAAACAUGUCAAAGGGGCAAGCACGUGUUCGCGGCGUUUUGUACUAAGGAUUUAACCCAUAGACACGUGUCGAAGUGCGAAGCACAUUAUCUUACAACCUACAAGCAUUCGAUACCUGCCAAUGUACACUCCACACCUUCUGCAAACUGGAAAACUGGAGAACCCCAUCUGUCGACUCGAAACUACAUGCUAUCGAGUCUUAAGACUGGAACAAGUUAACCAACUUCCGGUUCCUUCUGUCUUUUUAUUGAGGCAGUUUCGCGUAUUGUAAAAGGACAUAGUACAUUCUCAAAUGUACCUUUCAGAUGUACCUUGCAUGUGUUUCUUUUGUGCAUAACUUUUAGUUGUACCUUUUAGGUACGAUAUCGAAAAACACGUGGCUUUAAUCUCGUUAUAAAACGGACAAUUUCUAUACCGUCGUUUUAUCCGUGGAUACAAGGUCAUCUUGCCGAACACAGGUUCCCUUUUAACGCGCCGGAUCUCAAGGAGUAACCGAUUUGUAAGACACGGUUCUUCCCUCAUAGGUGAUGUUUCGGAAUUUAUUCUCCAAGUGCUGAGAGCAUUUGUAUUUUUAAAAAUAGUUUGCCUGUAGUUAUUCUACGAGGAUCGAGAAAAAACGAAAUAGAUUGAGAUUCUGAAUCAGAAUUGGAAGAAUUUGAGUAAAAAAAUUCUUAAACUUGUAUAAUAGUGAUUAGUUGAAUAUUGAGAGGCACUCGUACAUGACAUUUAUAUUUUGAAAUCGAUUAAUCAUGCUUUGCAUUCAUUAUAUUGCAUAUAGUGAAACUUUAUAGAUAUGAUGUAAAUAUAGCUUUUAAAUCUAGUACAUAAGCUUCGCCUAUUUUUUAAGAGAUAAUCCUUAAUCGAAAAACAUCAUGAAAGCGAAUAUUUCAAAAAACGGACUCUUGUCGAUAUAUUUUUGUAAUAAGUUGUUAUCGAUUCGGUAUCGAUGUAGUCAAUGAAGGCCAGUAUUCCAUGUUACCUUAAGUAUUGUUGCUAUCGUUAACGGAAUUGAAUCCAAAUUUGGACAAGUGCAAUCAUUAUGUAUACGCCGUUUUCGAAGAUGAGAGCCUUGCUGUGAGGAAUCUCUAACUUAUAAAUAUUUGACAUUGUUAGACAAAGUCAAACUGUAAAUAAAAUAUGAUCGUCAAAUUUUUGCGAAAGAAGGGACGCAGGCCAGUAAAUACCUAUACAAUGUAAAUAGCAGUUUCGACAAUGAAAGUCCGUUGUAUCACAAUGUGAGUGUUGUUAAGCUGCUUGUAAAAUAAGUUGAAUUUGUUUUGCUAAUGUUUGUAUAAUUUAUGUGUCUCUGUUAAUUUUUCGAUUAGGAGCGAAAAACGACUGGAAGUAUGAAUAAGAAAUUUUCUUUAAACGGAAAUUAUGUGGUGCCAAAAUUAAACAUCACUCAUUGUUACAGGAGAGAGUUGAAUGUUAAGAUUAAGUUAUUUUUGAAGGAAGACUUUUGCAAAAUAAAUUAAAAAUGAUACGUAA